AUGGCGGCCGCCGUGUCUGUUAGCACAGCUGCCAAAGACGAAACAACAGACACAGGGCCCAGUUUCGCCUCUCGUCCACUAAAUGAAAAUGACGACCUCGCUGUGGAACAAGAAAACUGGGGGCCCGGAGAUCGCCGGUAUGCCGAAUUAGUACACGGAGAAGAGGACGUAACUCCGGGACGCGAGUGUCAGCGAAGGGUCGACGAGGACUUGACAUCGCUGAGCCCUGAAGAGAUUGAGAGCCGCUUGGAGAGAACCCGCCGGGAGUUUUACAACCGCAGGAAAAUUAUCAUAAAAAAUCUACCCUCCGACGUGAGCAACCAGGAGGUCCAUGAACUGUUGGGCAGCUAUGACUUGAAGUACUGCUUUGUUGACAAAUACAAGGGCACAGCAUUUGUGACACUACUGAAUGGGGAACAGGCGCAGUGUGCCAUCAAAGAGUUCCACCAGCAUGCGCUACGGGACAGGGAGAUCACCGUGCAGCUGCAGCCCACAGACGCUCUGCUGUGCAUCGCCAACUUGCCCCGUGCUUUCAGCCAGCAGCAGUUUGAGGAGUUGGUGCGGCCGUUUGGCAACCUGGAGCGCUGCUUUCUGGUUUACAGCGCCUCCACAGGGCAUUCCAAGGGCUAUGGCUUUGUGGAGUACAUGAAGAAGGACUCAGCAGCCAGGGCCAAGUCGGAGCUCUUAGGGAAGCAGCUGGGCUCCCGCAUGUUGUAUGUCCACUGGACUGAGGUGGGAUCCCUCACAUAUCCACUGCUGCACUCCAAAUGCCUGUGCGUGGACCGCCUGCCCCCGAGUCUACUGACAGCCCAAGACCUCCGCAAUGCCCUGGCUGACACCCAUGCACCUGUCUUCUGCCAGUUGGCUCAGGGACAAGAUGGAAGUUUCCGGCGUUUUGCAGUCUUGGAGUUUGCCACUGCAGAAAUGGCCGAGGAGGCACAGCGACUCGCAGAUGGCAGGCUGCUGGGUGGGACGCACAUCAGGGUGUCCUUCUGUGCCCCAGGCCCUCCUGGGAGAAGCAUGUUGGCUGCUCUGAUUGCUGCACAAACCAUGGCUGUAAACAGGGGUAAAGGUCUCCUCCCUGAUCCCACUGCCAUACAGAUACUCACAGGCCUUAAUAACCCUGCCACCCUCAAGAUGCUGCUCAACCCACUGUCACAGGGACAUAAACAAGGCCUCCUUGGAGCGGCCCCUGCAAUGCCACUGCUGGCCAACCCCGCUCUCUCCGCUGCCCUGCUCCAGCUGCUCCUGCAGAACCAGGCCAAGGCCCAGCAGCAGGCUGGACUCAUCGGGGAGAAUCCUCUGGCUGCUCUGCCUGUCCAGCAGGGUGUCCAUCUGCUCGGAGACCUGCCCCAAGGUGGUGUAGUCCCAGGUCUGGGUCUGCAGACAGAUCCUCUGCCCCCCCUAAAGCCAAUGCCACUUGGUAGAGCCAUGGCAAGGGAGCAGGAGUCCCCCACAUCAGCAGGCGCCUUCCCCCAGACUUCCUCUCCCACCCUACAGGGCAUCUCGUUGCCCCUGCUGGGUGGCAUGAUGGGGGCAGAUGGCCUGACAGCACAAGGGGUAUCAAUACUUGGAGAUCCUCCAAAGGAUGCAAACCUUCCCCAGAGUGCUUUCCUCAAUGUCAACAGUGUUUUUUCCUCAGCAGGAAGCUGCAGACCUCACCCCUAUAGGAAGAGGCCCACACUGAGCAAUGUGUCCAACCAGCACACACACCAGAGCAUACAGCCAAACUACAGCCUGCGUUACCAGGACUCCUACAGCCCUGAGUAUCCUCCUCUACACCAGGAUCCCCUGGCCCACUUGUAUGAGCAGCAGGAGAACCUUGAUGCCGGGGCUUUGGCAGGAUUCGGUCAGCAGCUCUCUCGCUUCCCUGAAUACAGUGAGCGGUUUUCCCACUUCAGUUACCCUUCCAGCCCUCCCCUGUCCUCAUACUUCAGCUCAGGGCCCGAGGCCUCCAGUAAUGGGAGCCUCCCAACCACACAGCUCAACAGGGCUGUGGGGAUGCCUCCUGUGAGCCACACCACUGGCUUCCCACCAGGCCUGGGGAAUGUUAUGAAGACACCCAUUGGCAGCCACAAGCGUGUCUUCUCCCGGCUGAUCCCCUCCCCAGAACCAAGCCCUGAGGGUGGCUACGUGGGCCAGCACUCCCAAGGCCUUGGUGGACACUAUGCAGACUCCUACCUUAAGCGUAAGCGUAUAUUUUAA